AUUGGCAUUUGGAGGAAAUUCUAAAAUGGCUAAUCAAGGUGCCAAGUCCAACAGGCCACGCAGUUGCAACGAUAAAAAGUCGCUGAUAUGCAGUGAGGAUGAGUGGAGUUGGUGAGAACCACUCUGACCCUGGCAGGGCAGAGUCUCGGAAACGCAAAGAAUGUUCCUCAGAACUGCUGGGACCCAGCCCCAAGCGGAGCAACGAGAAGCGAAACCGCGAGCACGAGAAUAAGUACAUCGAGGAGCUGGCCGAGCUGAUCUUCGCCAACUUCAGCGACAUCGACAACUUCAACGUCAAGCCCGACAAGUGCGCCAUCCUGAAGGAGACCGUGAAGCAGAUCCGGCAGAUCAAGGAGCAAGAGAAAACGGCAGCAGCCAAUGAGGAGGAGGUACAGAAGGCUGACGUGUCGUCGACAGGCCAGAGCGUGAUUGACAAAGAUGCCCUGGGACCAAUGAUGUUGGAGGUGGGUGUU